AGACUCUCACAGACUGUCAUAUGGCUGCAGUGGUCAGAUGUCUGAUGUCUGCCGGCGGAAAUGAUCCAGACUGGAGCAGAACCAGUCAUUCAAAAGGAGGCGCUGUCGGUGGUGAGUGAGGAUCCAGCUUUAUUCCAGUGUUCGUACGGAGCGUCUCUCCCUAAAGCGGACAUGACGGCCUCCGCUGAAUACAGCCAGAGCAAACUCAGCCCCAGAAUGCAUCAGCAGGACUGGCUGGCUCCGCCCCUCGCUCGCAUCACCGUCAAGAUGGAGUGUGGAGCGCAGGCCGACGGAUCCCGAAGUCCUCCUGAUGACUGUCCUGUGGUGAAAGGUAAAAUCUCUCCAUCCGUGAAUGUUCCAGUGAUGUACAGCAGCUACAUGGAGGAAAAACACAUUCCACCGCCCAACAUGAUCACUAAUGAACGCAGAGUGAUCGUACCUGCAGAUCCCGGUCUGUGGUCAGCAGAUCACGUGUGUCAGUGGCUGGAGUGGGCCGUGAAGGAGUUCGGACUGCCGGAGGUGGACGUGUCUCUGUUCCACAGCGUCGAUGGGAAGCAGCUCUGCAAGAUGAGCAAAGACGACGUCCAGCGACUGACCAGCAGUUACACCGCCGAGAUCCUGCUGUCUCACCUGCACUACCUCAGAGAGACUCCACUUCCUCAUUUGACUUCAGAUGAUGUUGACAAAGCCUUGCAAAACUCCCCGCGGUUAAUGCAUGCUCGUAAUACAGGAGGAGCGAGUUUCAUCUUCCCAAACACCCCCGUUUACCCAGCAGACAACAGCAGAGGAGCCAGCAGAGCAGAGGUCAGUUAUGACGUGGUUAGGCGCUCUGGAUGGACUCCGCCUGUGUCUGCAGCUAAAGUUCCCCAGGGUUCUGCUGCCAUCCUGAGCAAGGCCGAAGAGCAGAGAGCUCAGUUAGAUCCGUAUCAGAUUUUAGGGCCGACGAGCAGCAGGCUGGCGAAUCCAGGCUCCGGUCAGAUCCAGCUGUGGCAGUUUCUCCUGGAGCUUCUGUCCGACAGCGCCAACUCGUCCUGCAUCACGUGGGAAGGAACCAACGGCGAGUUCAAGAUGACCGACCCCGACGAGGUGGCCCGGCGCUGGGGUGAGCGGAAGAGCAAACCCAACAUGAACUACGACAAGCUGAGCCGAGCCCUGCGCUACUACUACGACAAGAACAUCAUGACCAAAGUGCACGGCAAACGCUACGCGUACAAGUUCGACUUCCACGGGAUCGCUCAGGCCCUUCAGCCGCACCCGCCCGACUCGUCCAUGUACAAGUACCCGGCGGAUCUGCCCUACAUGAGCUCGUACCACACACACCCGCACCCGCAGAAGAUGAACUUCAUGUCUCCGCAUCCUCAGGCCAUGAACGUCACAUCGUCCGGGUUCUUCAGCGGCCCGAGUCCGUACUGGAACGCUCCUGGAUCGGGAAUCUACCCCGGCCCACGACACCCCGCCACACACAUGCCCUCCUACUACUAGACAUCUACAUCACAAACAUCUCAAGACAUCAACUGGAGAAUCCCAACCAUCCGCCGGCACUCGCCGGAUGUAAAGCAGGAGAAACCGUCUGGAGUCCGGGAGCCGCGGGGAUUCGGCGGCGGGAAUGUGAAAGUGGCAAUAUAACAUGUAAAAGGGGCUUUCACGCUGCAUGUAUUCAGCUAUAUGUUCAUGUGUACCUUAAUGUACAAACACACAUAUCAGAGAGAGUUCAGAGAGAGAGAGAGCGACAGAACGUGAGACAGGUCAGAGGAAGAGAGACAGGCAUGUGAGGUGAGAGAGGAUGCUAAGGUAUGUGAGAAGAUGAAGAUUAAUCUCUUGCCAUAUUUUAUCAGUAUUAUGUCGCCCGUAUGGCAUCAGAGAUCGAUACUUACCUUGAAAAUGACGAAAACUGGAAUUUAAAGCUUGCAGAUGUUUUUAAUGACAUCAAACCUUUACAGACUGAGGUGCAUUUAUAUGAACCCGUGCCUUACUAUGGGAGCUUGUUUACGCCAGGUGACUGCGACUUUUUAUUUCGCAAUUAAGAGUUUAUAUCUCGUAAUUCUGACUUUUUCUCGCAAUUCUGAAUUUAUAUCCACAAUUCAGACUUUUUAUCCCGCAAAUCUGAAAUCUUGUAAUUCCGACUUUUUCUCGCAAUUCCGAGUAUAUAUUUGCAAUUCUGACUUUUUCUCGCAAUACUGUUUUUUUUAUCACAAUUCCUA